UUCUAAUUGAACACUGGUCUCGGUCACAUAAACACGGAAUAACCUGGAAAAAAAAAACAGAACUGCAGUGCAUUAAAAAAAAGGAAAUUCAAUCUAAGCUAAUUAAAAUCGCACUUUUGAGUGAAGACAUUUUGACGUUCUUAAUUGAAAACAAAAAAAAAGAAGAAAAAAAAUACAGAUAAACAUAAAAAUAAUAGUUGAAAUGUUGUUAAAACAUUGGGCGCCACUUUCGCUGUGGCUGGUACUUUUAAGUCUAAGUUUGGUAAAUUCAAACAUUCUAAAUCCCUUAACAACCGCCGCCGCCAACAAUGAAGAACCGUAUACGCGUGAUUUUUACAGUGUACCCACCACCGUUAAAACCUAUGAAAACGAUACCGUGCUCUUGCCCUGUGACUACAAAUCUUCUUAUCGUUCCGUUCGUUGGCUACGCGAUGAGGAUUUAUUAAUGGAAGCUCCCUACAUGGAAGAGAUAUCGCUGAAUCGUUAUCACCUCUUGAGCAAUGGCAGUUUACUUGUCAUGGAUGUCCGGACCGAGGAUACGGGUCGUUAUUAUUGUGAGAUGUUAACACCAUCGGAGAAGGCCGUACAGGCUCAUUCCAUUGAAGUACAGUACGCCCCAAAAGUUUAUGUUACACCCAAUGGAUUUAUUGAGUUGCCAGUUGGUGCGGUCUUGGAGAUUAUUUGUGAAACCGAAGGUGUUCCCCAGCCGGCGGUAUCAUGGAGUUAUAAUAAUGAGACGGUCAUCGAUUAUUUGGUUGGUAAUCGUCAAACGCAUAUUGUGGAGAUUAAAUCGCGCAACAUGUCGGGCAGCAUUGAAUGUGUGGCGCAAAACGGUGUUGGCCAGCCUGUAGCCGAAGGUGUGGAGUUGCUGGUUCUGUUCGCCCCCGAAAUUCGUUCACCCCAAAAGAUCUACUAUUCCAAAGUGGGUGGUCGCGUCCAAAUGGAUUGUUACGUUGAAUCGGCUCCCCUGGCCAAGGUACGUUGGUAUCAUACCGGCAAAUUGAUUGCCAUGGGACCGUAUUACACUCGCCAGGAUGUGGAAAUGCCAUUGAACAACACCGGCGCCAGCACUCGUUACUUUUCCGAUAUGCGGCAUUCGUUGAUCUUGAAAAAUGUCCGUGAAUCGGAUAUGGGCAUGUAUGAGUGUCGCGCCGAAAAUGCCCAUGGUGUGCGCAGCAAUUAUAUGGAGCUUACAUUCCGUCCAAUGCCAUGUACCUUUAAGAUAAGUCCCGACAUGCAGAGCCCCACAUCGCAUACGCUGGUGUGGCAGACGGAAAGUUUCUCGCCGGUUAUUGAAUUCAAACUGAAAUUCCGACAAGUACCAUCUGAAACUACAGUAUCGUUCACAACAUUGGCAAGCAGACCGGAGUGGACUGAAUUGACCAUACCAUCGGAUAUUUCUAUAGGUCCCAUUUACACCACCACCUACACAUUAUAUGGCCUGUAUCCGGCCAGCAUUUAUCAGGUGGUGGUAUUGGCAAGAAAUCAUUAUGGCUGGAGUGAUAGCAGUAAAAUAUUACGCUUUGCCACCGGCGGAGAAGUUGAAUUUCCGAAUUACUCAACGGAAUCGGAUAGCGGUAUCAGUGGCACCACUGACGAAGACCUCAACAAUGCCGCCGAUGGCGGCGAUCAUGAUGACAUGGAGAUAACAAGUAACGAUAUUACCGAGAACUCAAUUGUCGCCGAAAAAGAUAAGACAUUGUACUCAAGCAUGUAUGCGUUUGCUUCAUCAUCGUCGGCGGCGGCGGCCGCGUCAACAGCGUCCCCGACAUUGUCAGCUAGGUCAUACAAUGAUCUCCGACUAAAUUGGUGUAUAAUAAUAAAUUGUUUUGUAAUCAUAAUUGUGCACAAAUGCCAUAUCAAACAAAACCUCCCCAACUAAGCUAAAGAA